AUGGCACUAGAGGACUUCUGGCAUCAUAACUACCGGUAUAUCAGUUCUGUUAUGGCUGAUGUGAAAGGAGCUUAUGACACCAUUCCACAUUCAAAACUUAAAGAAGUAGUUUCAAAAAUAAUUAAAGAAAACAUUGAAGAGCACUACUACAUACGACGUUAUGCCACCGUUUGGUUGGACUCAACUGGACAUAUAAGAAAAUCAUUUAAAAGACAUGUUUCAAAAUUGGAUGAUUUUUUUCCAGAUAUGAAUCAAUUUGUCUCUCAUCUUCAAGAGCAUACCAUAAUGCAAAAUGCUAUUCUAGUGGACCAGAGCCUUUCUUUGACUGACAAUUCAAAAGAAAUGUUGAGGUUUUUGGAGCAAUUAAUAUGUAAGCACAUCCUGAAGAUAAAGAACAAAUAUUAUGUACAAAACCGUGGAAUACCUCAGGGGUCCAUGUUGUCAUCAUUGUUGUGCAGCCUAUGCUAUAGAGAUAUGGAAAACUGCAUAUUUUGUGGAAUGCAACAAAAUGGGUUGUUCAUGAGACUCGUUGAUGAUUUCUUGUUGGUUACACCUCAUCUAGAACACGCAAAAACAUUUCUAAGUUAUGCCUGUACAUCCAUUCGUUCAAGUCUGAUUUUUUGUCACAGUACUUCAGCUGGAGAAAAUAUGAGACAGAAACUAGUUAAAAUUUUCAGGCUUAAGUGUCACAGCUUCUUCCUUGAUCUUAAGGUGAACAGCUUACGAACCGUGUUCAUCAAUGUUUACAAGAUACUUUUGCUUCAAGCUUACAGGUUUCAUGCAUGUGUUCUGCAACUUCCAUUUCACCAAGGAGUAAAGAAUAAUCCAUUGUUCUUUCUUAGUGUGAUAACUGAGAUGGCACCAUGUCUGUACUCAUGCUUGAAGAGCAGCAACAAAGAUAUGACAAUUGGCACCAAAGAAGCGUCUGAUCCAUUCCCUUUUGAAGCUGCUCAAUGGCUCAGUUGUCAUGCAUUCUUGACAAAGUUUACUACUCAUAAGGCAAUAUACAAGUGUUUACUUGUUCCUUUAAAAAAAUAUAAAGUACAGUUGUCUGGAACUCUAUCACGAGAUAUACUUCACCUGCUUAGAGGAGUGACAGAUGGAUCUCUUCAUAAAGACUUUUCAGCAAUAUUAGAUUAAAAUUACAAUAGCAUUUUUCUGCAUAUGGAUUUGUGCAUACCACAUUG